UGAACUGACAAUUCAACAAUAUGGAUGAUACACAAGACUGUGUUAUCAAUGAACCUGAAGUUAACCCUGCAAGUGAAGGGACAACAGGAACAAAGCCUAAGAGAGGACGUGGAAGGCCAAAAAAUUCAAAGAACAAACCCAAACCCAAUAAGAGUCCUCCGAAAAAGAGUUCGUCUCGUAAUCAGUUCAUAAGAUCUUGCAGAGCAAGGCAACCAAAGGAAAAGGCUGUAUUUCAACCACAGAAUUUGACUUGGAAAAUAAAGGAAAAAAGGCUGCUGCUGAAAGCUUUGAAAAGGAACUCUCCAUCUGACAUGGAAGCUUUACACAACGUUGUGAAAACUAAAUCAAAAGAAGAGAUAGAGUUAUUUAUAAAUAAAAUGAAGAAAGGUGCAAUCAGGAAAAUAAAAGCAAGCAGAGGUCCAAAGGCUCCCAUAGAGUACUGGUUAGCUUUGUUGAGUGAUCUGACAAGUCAGGAGAAGAAAGACUACACAGUGAACCUGGGCAAGGUGGUGUCCAUCAUAGCAAACUUAGAAGAAUUUCCACAGCCUGGGCCCUGUACACCAGAUUACAAAGCCAUCUACAAGUACAUCUCCUGCAUGUUGUCAGAGAGUGAACUCCCGGAAUUAGGAAAGCUAGAGGCAGCAGUAAUUCUGGACCUACUGCAUGGUCUGGUAGAUUUCCUAAGAUCACACAAUACAACCAAACAGAGAGAGAUUAUGCAGUGGAAGUAUGGACUACUUGCAGGAAAAGUGAACAUGAGUGACCCUGUCUCAGCACUUAUUAAAGCCAGGAAAGCCAUAGAGAACGAUUUUUCUGAUUUCUCAUCUGGAAAUGCAGGAAGUAACUCCCAACCACCCCAGACUCAAUCACCAGCUGCCCAAACAAAUGUGUCUGACAAUCAACCAGGACCUUCAAGACCUACUUCCCAGCAGUCAUCAAAACAGAACAGUUCAGGUAGUGGUCAGUCAAAGUCCACAGCAAAUUCUACCCCAAGUGCAGCUGGAAACAGAACUAACAAAUUAGAAAAAAGAGGCAGACCACCAGGAAAAAAGAGAACAGUACCAUCUGAGAGUCCCUGUCCCAAAAAACCCACAUUAUUCACAAUGAAUCCCUUGUGUAUCCCUGUCAAUGUCAUCAAGAUGACUCCAAUCAUCAAUGUGUCAAAUAAACAACUGAACAGUGUAGAGAAUCCCAAACUAACCAACACACAAAAGCUGGUGGCACAGCAGAACUCAGUAGUGAUGUAUCACAUUCAGAAGAAGAAUAUUAGUCCCCAUCCUGUCCACCCAAUACAACAACACCAGCUUCUCCCAAUCCAGUCUGGGAAGGCACCUGUUCACAGAAAUAAAGUGUAUGUGUGUGAACCACACCCCAGUUCUGUGAUUGUAAAUCGAGAACCCCCCGUAAGAAGGGGAGGAACUCCAAAGUCAGCCGAUGAAAAGGCAGCUAUGAAAAAGCAGAAGGAUAAGAAAGGGAAGGACUCGGAAAAAAAUACUGGAAAAGGGAAUAAAGACGUAUCAAAAGUGUAAGAAGUGGAGGAACUCUAAAAUUAAUGCUGGAUAAGGGAAUAUUGACAAAGCAGAAGUGUAAAAAGUGGAAGGACUCAGAAAACAAUACUGGAAAAUGGAAUGAGGACACAACAAGUGUGAGAAGGGGAAGAACUCCAAAUUCAAUUGUGGAUUAGAGAAUAAUGGCAAUGCAUAAGUGAACUAAGAAACAAAAAUGAGGACAUUUAGCACAAGGCAUUUAUUUACUCUGCUAGUAAAUAGAUGUGACCACAAAUAAAGAGUAAAUUUUUAAAUGGAAAAAAUAUAAAAAAAGAAAAUUAAAUCAUCUUCUCUUCAAGAAAUGAUUGGCCCUGUUCAUAACUCCCAAAGAUAUGAUGAGGUCACAAUAAGGGAAAGGCUAGGGUUGGGUUCAUCAAAAAAUCAUUGUAAUUUGUAACCUUUAUUAGUUAUAAAUUAUAUUUGAAUGUUAAUUUAUACUUUUAUGUUUUGAGUCUUUAUUAUGAAACCAUCCAUAUGUUCAACUUGCCAACCAUCACUACCUUCAAGUACCUUGUAUAUGAUCAUUUUAUUUACAUGAAUAAAACAUGACAACUAAUUACUGGUUUGUGACAAGAAAUAUUUGUGAGCUGGAGUAGCUCAUAGAUGAUAUGUAAAUGUAUAAAUAUUGAUUA